CGGCCAAUGAGAGCACGGAGGAGAGGAGGAGGAGGAGGAGAAGGAGGAAGGAGACGGGCGUGUUUUAUGUGUCGCUGCAGUGUUCACGCCUGACGAAGAAGAGGCAGCAGAAAGACGGGAGAGAGAACACCUGCAGAGCAUCAGAGGGUCAAGUGACAUCAAAGGCCAGGUGACGUGGUGAGGAGUGAGUGGAUGACACUGAGACAUGUGUGUGUCGCAGCACUGCCACUUCCUGGGCUCCAGCCCCGUCCCCCCUCUGGCCCUCCUCCUCCUCCUGCUCUCCACGCUGGCUCAGGGAGUCCUGGUCAUCCCAGAAGGCUACAAAGUGACCAACAUUACACAACCACCCGUGCUGACAGAGUCUUUAGAGGCCAUGACAACAUUCACUGCGUUCGCUGCUAGCGACAUCCAUCUUCCCUGUGAGGCCUCCGGCAACCCAACGCCCACCAUCCGCUGGGAAAAAGACGGCAGGAUGUUCAGGUCGGAGCAGACAGGAAGUGGAGCGCUGACGGUCGGCGCUGACGAGGUGCUGGAGUCCUACCAAGGAAUCUACCGCUGUUACGCCGCCAACGACCUGGGCACCGCCAUGACACACACCUGGCGUGUCAUCGUGGAGCCUCAGCCAGUGCUGAAGAAGCAGUGGAAGUUGCUGAAGAGACCGCUGGAAGGUGAGAGCAUCAUCUUGUCCUGCAAACCCCCGCACAGCUCCAGCCCCACACACAUCCACUGGAUGGACAAGAGGAUGGUGCACAUCAAGCAGAGUGACAGAGUGAUGGUCGGCCUCACUGGAAACUUGUACUUCUCCAACCUGCUGAGGAGCGACAGCAGAGACGAUUAUGUCUGCAACGCUCAGUAUUCUGCAGCCAGAACUAUGCUGCCUGACACCGUCAUCUCCCUCAAUGUGCAGCCCAAUAACGAUAUCUCUAUGGGAAAGCCGCCUCAACUCUUGCACCCCAGCGUCCCCCACUCCUCGGUUGUAGCGCUCAGGGGCCAAAGUCUCACCUUGGAAUGCAUCCCUGAAGGCCUCCCGACUCCAAAGGUGGAGUGGACCAAGAAGGACGGCAACCUGGACGAGAGCAACGGCCAUGGGGAAAACCACAACCGCUGGCUCUCUUUUGACAGCAUCAGCCAGAGCGACGACGGCGAAUACGAGUGCCGGGCGUUCAACGCCCACGGCUCCACCACGCACUCCUUCACCGUGACCGUGGAAGCUGCUCCUUACUGGGUCAAGGAGCCUCAGAACCUGCGCUACGCUCCUGGAGAAACCGUCAGACUGGACUGUCUGGCUGAAGGCAUCCCGACUCCCAACAUCACCUGGAGAAUCAACGGCCAGUCGCUCUCAGAGGUGGAUGCAGACCCUCGCCGCAGCGUCUUGGACGGCGUCUUGAAGCUGCUGGACGUGGAGCUGCAAGACACGGCCGUGUAUCAGUGUGAGGCCGCCAACAAACAUGGCGCCCUUCUCAUCAACGCCUACCUCCAUGUUGUCGAGCUCCCCCCUCAGAUCCUGUCCUCAGACGGGGUCGUGUACAAAGUCACCGAGGGCGGAACCAUCAAGCUGUCCUGUAAAACCUUCGGCUCGCCGCUGCCUCACGUGGCGUGGGAGGGCAAGGACCCGGACCCCCUGCUGUCGAACCCUCGUGUCUCCCUGCUCACCGACGGGACGCUGGAGGUGUCUGACGUCGGUUACGGCGACAUAGGCGUGUACAGCUGCUUCAUCAAAAACACCAACAUCUCUAUCGACGCGCACCUGAAAGUGUUCAAUGGGACGGUGAUUCUGGCGGGUCCGCAGGAUGUGCGAGCGCUGCGGGGUGGGAGCGCUUUGCUGGACUGUCAUUUCUACAAGGACCCCAGACUGCUCCGCUACACCAUCGUCUGGAGGAAGGACGGACAAAAACUGCAGGACUCGUCCCUUGAUGACAAGUACACCUUCUUUGUCAACGGUACUCUGCAAGUGACGGAUGUCCAAUCAAAAGACAACGCUGAGUAUUCCUGUGAGAUCAUCACAGAGGUUGAUCAGGCGACCGCCAGCGGCUCCGUCACAGUCAUAGCCCGUCCAGACCCGCCUAAGAAUCUGACUCUGUCUGACGUGAAGGACUACAGUUUGACUCUGAGUUGGAUCCCCGGUGGCUCCCACAACAGCCCCAUCACAGAGUUCCUGGUGGAGGCAAAGGAGGAGCAGUUGUCACAGAGGCAGGAGGACGACAUGUGGAAGUGGGAGGUGAUGGAACAAGUGCCGGGCAACUUUAACCACCGACAGCUGUCCCUCCGCCCUUUCUGCAAGUAUGCCUUCCGGGUCAUCGCAGUCAAUGCGCUCGGUCCCAGCAACCCCAGCCAGACCACACACUUCUACAGCACGCCCCCUGCUGUACCAUACACAAAUCCUACCAAUGUGCGCAGUGAGUCCUCCGACAAGGGAACUCUGGCUAUUAUGUGGGAUGAGAUGCCCAGAAGAUCACACAACAGCGAGGGCUUCCAGUACAAGGUUUUAUGGAGGGAGGAGGGUGGCAAGAGUGUUCAUUGGAACCACGGCCACGCCAAGUCUCCGCCCUUCUUGGUGAACAACACGGGAACAUACGUGCCAUUUGAGAUUAAAGUCCAAGCCGUCAACUCACUGGGUGAAGGACCUACAAUGGAGGCUGAGAUCGGAUAUUCUGGAGAGGAUGUUCCUGAGGAAGCUCCCAGUGGAGUCUCAGUCACAGUGAUGAACAGGACCGUUGCUGUUAAGUGGAAUGAAGCCCAGAACGUUAGAGGCCUUCUUCUGGGAUACAAGAUCUAUAUCAAGAGGCAUGGUCCACAAGGGGGUCGGGGCCGACGGUCACCUGGGGAAAAGAACCACUGGCAGGAAGACAGGGAGCGAGAAGGAAGAUGGGAUCAAGCCAAGGAGGAUGAUAAGGUGGUGGUGGUCCUGGGAAAUAAGAAGUCAGAGGAAGUGACAGGGCUGCAGCUUUAUUCUCAGUACAAGCUUUCCGUCGCGGCCUUUAACAGCAAAGGAGAGAGCCCUCCUUCUGCGGCAGUCCACUUCAGCACCCCAGAAGGAGCUCCCGGACCUCCAGCGUCGCUAACAUUUGAGAGCCCAUCAGAAAACUCUAUUAUUCUCUACUGGACCCCCCCAGUGGAAACCAAUGGAAAUCUGCUGGGAUACGUGGUGCAGUACCAACAAGAGGUGAAGAGCAGAGAUAGUCCGCUCCAGAUAGAGAUGAUCGGUGAUCCCAAUGUGACCCACCUUGUGUUGGACACUCUGAGCCCUCAGGGCUAUUACAACUUCAAGGUGAUUGCUCGCACCGCCGCAGGGGAAGGACAGCCUAUCACAAAGAGGAACGCCACCCUCUUUGACGGAGUUCCCCCGUCAAACAUCACCAUCACGCCAAGUAACAUGGCGUUCAACUUAAGCUGGGUACCUGGAGAGCGAGAGAGGAACCACGGCUUCCACAUCAGCUUUCUUAGGAAGAGUGCUGGUGUUCAGUGGGAGAAGUCAGAAAUGGUGAACUCCACGCAGGCGUUCUACUCGCUGACGGGCCUUCAGCCAGGAACUGAGUACCACCUUGUGGUCAUGCAUGGGAACUACACACAGUGGGAGUCAGCAGCAUGGACCUUAGGACCUGGGCCCUCGGAGGUGAGCGGCGGCUUUGCCACUCAGGGCUGGCUCAUCGGACUCAUCAGCGCCAUAGUGCUGCUCAUCCUCAUACUGCUCAUCCUCUGCCUCAUCAAGCGCAGAAAGGGCGGCAAAUACGCAGUGAAGGACAAGGAAGACAAAGAGGUGGACUCGGAAGCUCGGCCAAUGAAGGACGAAACCUUCGGAGAGUACAGAUCGUUGGAGAGUGACACAGACGAGAAGCGUUCCCACAGCCAGCCGUCCUUGUGCGGUGACAGCAAACUGGGCAGCGACGACUCGCUGGCCGAGUACGGCGACAGCGUGGACAUCCAGUUCAACGAGGACGGAUCCUUCAUCGGCCAGUAUAGCGGCCGCGGCCCCGCCCCCCACGCCAACGAGAGCUCCGGCCCCGCCUCCCCAGACAACACGGUCCCGCCUCCCCCCAUCGCUCCAUCCAUGUCCACCAUCCUCAGCCGGCCCACUUAAACACACACACACACACACACACACACACACACACACACAUACACACACACACACACACACACACACACACACACACACACACACACACACUCACACACACAGUCUGAAUACAUUCCAUGUCGAUGCAGAUGUUUACACAACGUUUCGCCUUUUCUAUGCCAAGUUUACACACACACACACACACACACACACACACACACACACACACACACACACACACACACACACACACACACACACACACACACACACACACACACACACACACACA